AUGCUAUCGGCGGAUCGGAGGGCUAUAUAUGCUUCUCGGUUUCUAAGUCCUCCAGGCUUCAUGAAGCGUCUUAAACAACGGGGGAAGCCUCGGAAUACUGGGCCGUUCGAGAAUCCUGUGAGACGUUUUGUGCGGCUGCGGGAGAAGGCUCGAGAGUUCUCCAGGAUGCCACCUCCGAGGCGAAUACCUCUUGCGAAGGCCCCCCGAUACAGGCCGAUGAUGCUCAAGGAGGUAGGAGGCGUACCGCAGGUCUCGCCCCUUGCUCUCGAGAAACGCCUAGACUUCCUGCUCUCGGCGGCUGCUGUUAAGCAGCAACUUGCAGAGCCCCUGAGGAUCGGCUAUACGCCCUAUGUUGUGGAGCGGUUGGCUUGGGAGAGGCAGAUGAGAGAUUUACGGAAGAUCUAUCGAGCACAGUACUUACAGAAGCUAGAUGAGGUGACUAGAGAAGAGCAGCAGAGGGAGAUAGCAUUGUACAAGCAGAGAAACAAGAACGAUGGGAGAAGCGGCAGGCUCGUAUACAGGCUAUUAGUAGGCGACCUCAGCCGCCGCAUGGACCAGAAACGGCGGGCGGUGUUGAAGGAUCGUCUGCGUAUAGAAGCUCGGGUUAACGAGGCGAUUGAGAUGACGAGACACUCUAAGCUUAAAGUGAAAAGAAUGCUCUUCCUGCAGAGACUGCAGGACAGGGCACAAUAUAUCACAGACAAGAACUUGGAUGCUCGGCUGCCGGACUCAGAUCCCACGGAUCCUCAAGCAAAGGCGGCGCCUCUUCGUGGUGAUCCGAAGGCUAUUAUGGACAACCCAGAUGCCGUCAGUCUACUCAACAGAGAUGUUAAUACUGAGCUGCUGCUGCGACAAGUUGGUGGGGCCGCCGAGUUUCCAAGGAAUCGCAACCGACGUAUUCAUCCGACCUCCAAUGUCUUCCGAGAGGCUAUGGAGCUGUCUUAUGAUGUUCUACCCGAAGAUGACGAUCUUGAAGAUGUUGAUGACGGAGAUGACGAUGAGGUUGAUAAGCCGGACGCCCUUGGUCUGACGCGAGCCCUGUCGAACCAGCAGCGAGCGGAUCUGUACUACGGCAACUUGACUGGUGACGAGAAGCUCGAGAUCAUUGAGCAUAAGAUUGGCAUGCUGCAGGAGAAGCAGAAGAGGGAAGAGGAGGCGAAGGGCAGCGCUGAUAUCCUCACUACGAAGAUGCUCGACCUCUUGACUGCUGCUAAGGUCGCGUAUUUGGAAGCACAGACAGUGAAUGAGAUGAAGAAGGGAAUCGAUAGAGAUGAUGAAGAGUGA